GGCGCCGGCAGGGAUCGGGACCGGCGGUGCCGCCGCGUCAGGACCGGUGAAAGGAGAGGCCGGUGUGCUCGCCGGGAACCCGGCCAUGUUCUGAGGGAGGCCUCCAGGACUCAGCUUGGAUCCAGGUAUCGCAGGUGUGCGUGAAGAAAUUGCCCUCCUCGCGUCCCCUGUGAAGCUCUUGAAUCAUGGCAAGUCCAAGAACAAGGAAAGUUCUCAAGGAAGUCAGAGCACAAGAUGAGAACAAUGUCUGUUUUGAAUGUGGUGCGUUUAACCCCCAGUGGGUGAGUGUGACCUAUGGAAUUUGGAUCUGCCUUGAGUGCUCAGGAAAACACCGAGGCUUGGGAGUUCACCUCAGUUUUGUACGUUCUGUAACCAUGGACAAAUGGAAGGACAUUGAGCUGGAGAAAAUGAAGGCUGGAGGUAAUAGCAAAUUUCGAGAGUUCUUGGAGUCUCAAGGUGACUAUGAUCCCUGCUGGUCAAUGCAAGAGAAGUACAACAGCAAAGCUGCAGCUCUUUUUAGAGAUCAGGUAGCUACAGUAGCUGAAGGCAAGGAGUGGUCCAUUGAAACUUCUCCUGCCAGGAACUGGACCCCACCUCAGCCUAAAAUGUCUCUCUCUUCCACUCAUCGUAGUUCUGCUGGACAGUCUCAGACUGCAACUGCCUCUUCUGACAAGGCUUUUGAAGACUGGUUAAAUGAUGAUGUCAGCUCCUACCAAGGUGGCCAAGAGAAUCGCUAUGUGGGGUUUGGAAACACAGUAAACCCUCCGAAAAAAGAGGAUGACUUCCUGAAUAAUGCUAUGUCUUCAUUGUACUCGGGAUGGAGCAGUUUUACGACUGGAGCAAGCAAAAUUGCCUCAGCUGCUAAAGAGGGUGCUACCAGAUUUGGAUCUCAAGCAAGUCAAAAGGCAUCAGAGUUAGGUCAGACAUUAAAUGAAAAUGUUCUCAAACCUGCACAGGAAAAGGUGAAAGAGGGGAAAAUAUUUGAGGAGGUCACCGUGGGGGUAUCACAGUUGGCCAGCAAGGUUCAGGGAGUUGGAAGUAAGGGAUGGCGAGACGUCACCACUUUUUUUUCUGGCAAACCAGAUGAUAAUUCUGAAAGACCAGCUGAGGGAGACAGCUACCAGAACAGUGGAGGGGAGGGCUACCAGAACAAUGCUGUAGAUCAAAGCUUCUGGGAGACCUUUGGCAACUCAGAUCCACCAAAAGCUCAUAAAUCUCCAAGCAGUGAGAGCUGGACCUAUGUGGACAAUUCCACAGAGAAGAAGAGCUCCGAUAGCUGGGACGUGUGGGGCUCAGGAACAGUCUCCAACAACAAGAACAGUAACAGCGACAGUUGGGAAAAUUGGGAGACCAACUGGGAAAACACAGGAGGGGAGAGCAAGACCAAAAAACCUCCUAAGGCAACAAAAAAGGCAUCUUCAGCUGAUGAUGGGUGGGAUAACCAGAACUGGUAGAACUCUGUUAACCCUGUUUUGCACAGCUAGGAAAGGGAGGCUAUGCUGGCUGAUUGAGGGGAGAAAGUUUUAUGCGCAACUGGAGUAUCUUGGUUGACCUUACUGAUCUGUUACUUUUGUGCUUCCCAUUCAUUCUCCUUUCUUCUAUCCCAGUUUAGGAAAAAAAAAAAAGUGGCAUCUGAAUCUUUUAUUACAUAAAGGUGGCUCUCCCUUUUUUAAGCAUAGUGAUCAAUAUAUUCUCCUUGCACUAUUGAAGCUGGGUACAGUGACUUUCCUAACACGGAUGUUCAAAGUAAAAAAAAUUGAUGCAAGCACACUCAUGGCACAACCUUGCAUGUGUAGGUUAAUAGGUAUUCAUCCAGUCCUCAUAUAAUUUGAGAUGACCUGAGGUGUUUAGUGCAAACAAAGGACAGGGUGUGUCUUGAAAAGAUAGCCGUUAAAUAAGCAAACUUCAGUUGAAUAGAUAUAGUUCAAAUGCCUUACGGAUUGCUCUGACCAUAUUAAGUCUGGCAAUUCAAUAUGGUCUUUAAGAUACUUUUUAUUGGAGCUGUUUUUCAACUUUGAGAUUUUUUUUUUUUAGUCUUCUAAAACUUAUUUUCUCCCCUUAGAAUUAAUAAGGAAUCUAGAGCUAGAUAAUUAUUUGUGUAAACUCAUAGUUUUGACCUGAGCUCUCAAGGGAUAUCCAGAGUGGCUCUACUUGCCCUGCUUGCUCAAUGGAUUAAGAGUUUGCACAGUGCAGCUCUCCUACACAGAAAAAAUGCAAAGCUGUGGUGUUCUCCUUCCUUACCUAUGCCCUUCUCCCUGUUUGAGUAUUUUAUAUAGCCUGGUUUUUCUCUUUCUUCCUUGUACCCAUUUAUUUUAUCUAUUCUGAUAAAAAUGAAAUCUUUGUGCUGCUUAUGGCCUUUUGGACAUCUGUCUGGCAACUUGGCAGUGAAACAAAUUUGUAAAAAAGAUUCCAGUAAGAAAAGAUGAGUGGAAAAUAUGAGAACAUUGAAGAGAGGCUGGCAGCAAGCCCCUUUUAAGAUAAGUAGAUGUCUGGAUUUAAUAGUAAAAUUUAAAUUAAGCAGAUGUUUUCCAAAUUAAUAUGUCAAACUGUAUCUCUGUUUCUAUCAUGUAUUUCUCCACAUUUUCUUCCUGGAUCUUGUUAAAGAAACACUAUUUUGGAAACUUUAGAAACUCCUUGUCAGCAUUAAGGAAUGGAAUAGAAGAUUCAGUUAUUUCUCAGUUUUGACCCAACAAAUUGCUUUGUGUGACACAAACCAUAACCUCUACAAAAGGAUUGUGACUUUAACGACAAAGGUGUCCUAUGUAUCCCAUUUUAUUUUUGAGGGUGGGUGGAAAACGUACACUCAGCCCGAAAACAAUCAGCUCGCUUGAAAACUUGAAAUCAUGAUGUCGUUACGUAGUCUGCUUUACUACCAGCAUGGAGUUCUUUACUGUGAACCCUGUAAAUCUUAACACCUAAAAACCCUUUUCUUUUUAAAAUUAGUUAAUUUGUUCAAGCAAACAACCAACCUAAGUUGUCAAAGUUACCUUAAAUAAUGCUUCAUUUCUUUUUCUCUUCACAGAGGUCUUUUGAGCUUAUAGUAAUAUCAAGAGGUUAAAAAGGAAGGAAAAUCAUGAAUCGCCUCAAAAGUAGCAGAUUUUAAAGGCUUAAGUCUAAGUAGAAGUAGCUCUAUUUAUAGCCUGAUUCUGUAUUUCUAUUAGUAGGAUCUUUCAGAUGGUGAACAAAAUAUUUUUCUAGUCUUCUCUAGCCCUGUCCUGCAAGAGUUGGGAUUUCUUUUUUUUUUUUCACCCUUGCUUCUCCUGAUGGCACGGUCUCUGAAGCUGGUGCAGCAGGACCCAGUGCUGCUCACGACCCAAGCACUACUCUAGGCUGGGCCAUGCGAGGGGCCCGAGGCGUUCCUGCUGACACGCUGACCCUUUGGAAGUGCGGAAGGCACGAGAGAUCUCGGUUUACAGUGCUGCUUGUGGUACCACUGGCAGAAGUUUACAGCCGGACUAUAAAACAAGGAUUUUGUUCUGCUUUUUCUCCAGUUCCAAAUAUACCUUUGUCAUAGCUUAAUUGCAUGUCAAAUGUAACUUUGUAUUUUUAUGCAUACACCUCUGUUGCCUACUUGUCAUUUGUCUGCUGCCCGGUAUGAAACUGUAAUGCAUGUACUUUGAAGGCGGUGCUGUGUAAUGUAUGUGAAGUGGCACUGCCCAGUCCUUGACUAACGGUUAGUCUUUGUGAAGUGUUGCGGUAGCGGUGACGGCAAAAUGCAUCCGAUGGGUUGCACUGUC